AUGAGGUAUUAUACGCCAAUAGACAGAUUUUUGAAUAAGAUCAAGAGGAAAGGAUUCUUUCUCUAUUCUUCAAUCAUAUUAUUGUCGACAUUGUAUGUUUUUUAUACAAUUUCCCACUUACCAGAUGUGCUGAAAAUUGAGCCUGAGAAUUCACCAAAAAGCAAGAUACGUAAGAUCAAACAUCAAAAGAAGGACGGUGAAAGAAAGAUUAAGACUGAAAGAAGAAAACGAGCAGAGAUACGGGAGGGUCUAGUGGAUGGUGUAGGUGUCCACCCGGCAAACCACUCGGUAAGCGAGAUGAAGGCGAAAGUCCAACUUUAG